AUGUCGCGGGAUCCAGUUCGCGACAUUGUCCGUGGCUUGACCACGCUCGAGAUGACGCUCAUCAACCUCUCUCAAACGAAAGCUCUGGCUCACUCUGGCUAUAUUGAUCAAAUCACCUAUGCAGACACCAUCUUCCCUACCUUUGCAUUUCUUGCUGGCAUGUCGCCAAGCCCGGUGCGCCGUAGUGUUGGUCUUGUUGGACUCGGACUGGCACUCAAUGCCAUCAGUGCACAAGCACAAGGCACACCAAUCCGCAUGCUUGGUGUCCUACAGCGGUUGGGCCUGUCACUCUUGCUCAUCAAUGGCCCAGCAAGAAGCCUUCUAUGUCGCUUCAACGGCAUUCCCUUGCUGUUGGCCUGGUACGCCAUCUCCCUGGGUUUUGCAGACAAUGCCUUCAAUCCUUUUGCCCAUCCAGACUACAGAGACCCCGAUCCAAGCAAAACGGCACAGUCUAAGCUUGACAUGGGCUUGUUCGGCAAGCGGCGCAUGUACACGCCAAAGUUCGACCCUGAAGGCCUCCUUGGCACGUUGACAACAGCCUUCAGUAUGCUUGCUGGCAGCACUUUUGCCGAUUCCCGCUUCUUCAAUCGCCGGUGGAAAGUCGUGCUCUCUAUAGUGAUGCUAUUCUCAGGUAAUGCGCUUCAUCUGCUUAUGCCAUGCUAUGCACCCAUCUCAAAGGCACUCUGGACGCCGAGUUUUGCGCUUGUUACAACAGGCGUUGCUAUCCUCAAAUAUCUUGCCGUCGCUGCAGCAGUGCCGCAUCUUCCAGAUCCGCUGAGACGAGUCCUGGAAGCAACUGGAAAGCGUCCCCUGGAGAUUUACAUCUUGUCGACCUUGUUGAAUUUGGUCCUGAAGCAGGUGUCACGAUAG